GCAACAGGGUCUAUCACUGCAUCGAAAUUCGGCUAGCUAGUCAUUGGGUGGCCAAGUUCAUUAAAAAUAAUUGGGGGCACCUGGUUGGCUGUGAUGAAAAGGACGGUCCGACUGUUUCCGAGACUAGCGGACCUUCAACUUGUGUUAUGACGCAUCCGUCGAUAGCUCUGUUCCUUGUUUUCGACCUCGUUUAUCCUACCAUCGCAGUCUUGUAAUCAGCUUUCUAUCUUGCCCCCUUUCAGUGGGAUCAUCGUCAGAGCUCUAUCAACAGACUUAGGGUAUUGUUGACAUUGGCACCCGGCAUCAUGACAAUGAUAGAUAUUCCGCACAUAUGGGUCACGACACCAGUCUGCAUAGCCCAUGUAUAUUUAGCCUACUAGUAUAUACACGCAACUCACAAAGACUAGUAUGUAUCCCAUCAACCACGAUCCGACGUACAUCUAAUGCAUCAGGCUUUCUUGGUUACCGAAGUCCUCUUGGAUGUUUUCAGGCAUCUGGAUAAAAAUCCAGACCCUGCCAGGAAGUCAUCCCUUAGUGCGCUUGCCAGGACAUGCAAAACUUUCCACGAGCCCGCAAUGGAUUUGCUUUGGGCUACGCUGGAUGGGGUGACACCAAUGCUAGGUUGUGUACCGAGGCUACAUCAACUGAUAUAUUGUCACGGUAGGGUUUCAAGGCACAUCCGGGACUGGUCCCACUCUGUUGGACCAUUAUCUGAGGCCGAGGCCCGUCAAUUUUUGCGUCACGCUGCCCGUGUGCGCUCAAUGAUCACGUCAUGCGAGCAUGUCCACCUUUACUCAGUCCUUCCCCUCGAGACAUGCGUGUUCCCAGGUCUGCUGUCAUUAGUCGUUACGGCUUACCAUCAUUCUCAAAAUAAAUAUUUAUAUCUCUUUCUGUCCCCUACGCUGCGCCGUUGUUUCCUAAUACAUGUCCCAGAUUUGAAAUCUAUCGCCACCCAUUGUCCUGCUUUGGAGGACUUACGCAUCACGGACGCGGCUGACAGCACAGCAGAAGAGCUGGCCCUGCUGUUUGACAGUAUUCGGUUAUGCAAGCGACUUGUGACUUUGUCCUGUCCACCGUUUGACUGGGCAACAUGGAAAGACCUCUCCAACCUCCCUAGCCUUCUAAAAGUGUAUGUUCGUGGACCACCACACAGAACCCCCACUUUGCCAUUUGACCGAACUAUGGUUAAUCUCGCACCUUUCAUCAACGUCACGAAUCUUUUUUUCGAUGUAGGAACGACAGCAUACGUUAUCUCAGUCAUGCAACACUCAGAAUUCCCCUCCCUAAAACAAUUUCGGAUGGCUGUUGAUGUUUUGCCUUGGGCAGAGGCUGAACAACUCUUUCGUGCACUGUCCCAGUGCAAAGCAACGCAGACCCUUGAACACGUUUCCAUACUCUCCUUUGGCCCAGGACUUCAAGAGUCCUCAAACAACUCUUUGACAGUAAUUCCAUAUUUCCUUUCUUUCACGCAGCUCCGAUUCCUCCAUCUCCAACUUCAUUUCUGCAUCCACCUUGACAACGACCGUCUUUUGGAAGCCAUCUCAAGUUGGCGAAACAUCCACAUUUUGCUGUUAAUGGGCCCGGCCAUGCCACCUGCCAUUACAUUUCGUGGAUUAUUUGCAGCACUCCGUCUAUGUCCCCACUUGCAUAAGCUAGGCAUAUUGAUGGAUGCCGUGAACAUCGACAUUGAUCCUAAAGACGAGUCAUUUCAACAUACCACCCUACAAACAUUAGACGUGACUCAUUCUGAGAUAGCGGAUGCUGAAGCUGUCGCCCGCAUCAUCUUCUCCACGCUCCCUUGCGUCCACCGAAUUAUGCAGCAACACAAUGGGGAUGCCGGGAUGCGCUUCCGGAAGCUGUGGGAUGAGGUCAACGGGCAUCUCAAGGUUUUAAUGGCUCCGAUUUCAAAGAGCAGUGUCUGACUGGCUGAUGGACAAGUCCCAGGAGGAGACAGAUGAGUCUAAGGGGGAGUCGGACUGGCGUUUAUGAAGUUUUCUGGAGUUGUCAAAGUCU